AUGCUGACCACACAACUCAUCGAUUACGCCCAUAACGCGCCAUUUGCUCCCAGCAAAGAUAUACCGCGAGUCCUUGGACUGUCUAUCUUCUAUCCCACCGCAACAAACACCACCGUAGCCACGUCUUACUGGCCGCCAGAGAAUGCAGCAGAAGAGAGCGAAGGGGACAUCACCGCUGGCGUCAACAUCACCUACCAAGGGCUGCUCUCAUUGACGGUUCCAUUAGCACCGCCAAACACAAGCAUUGCUGCUCCCCCAGUCAACGCCUGGUUUUCGUCGUGGCCGGUGCUCUUCUUCUCGCCCGCAUUCGGAGAGACCCGUUUCCUCUAUACAUCUCUCCUUCGCCAAAUCAGCAGCAUUGGUUACGUAGUAAUAACUUUCGAGACCGCGUACGAUACAAGUGUCUUCGUGCUGGCGAACGGGACUGUCGUUCCGGGGAAUAGCACUUUGGAUAAUGUCUCAGCAGAACAGGCAACGCUGUCUGCUACAGCAAGGACCGAAGACGCUUCGUUCAUCCUUGAUCAUGCGCACGAUAAUAUCACUUGGCUCAUCCCGGGCUGCAAAGACACUUGCGUGAACACUACAAACGUCGGUAUGUUUGGGCACUCUAUCGGCGGCGCUGCCUCGGCGACCGCUAUGUUUACCGACUCACGGAUAAUUGGUGGUCUAAACUACGACGGCGCGCUCCUUGGCCCCGUCGUCCAGAAAGGCCUUAGCCACCGCCCCUUCCUCAUCUUCGGCACCCAGAAUCAAAGCAGACAUAACACCGGGCCUCUCACGACGCUCACCAACUGGACCACCGUCUGGCCCCGCAUCAAGGAAGCGCCCAAGUGGUGGCUCCUGCUGAAUCAUUCGCGCCACUACACCUUCUCAGACUUACCGUUGAUCGCGCAAAAGCUGGGCGUCAAGCCGAACCAGACGAGCCUGGUGGCAGCACAGCUGACGGAUGCGGAUGCGGAGAGGAACGAGAAGGUGCUAGUUACUUAUACAGCGGCGUUUUUCAAGUCGGUUUUCACGGGAAAGGUGGAGGAGCUGAUGAAGGGAAAGAGUAACAAGUGGCCCGAGGUGAUAUUUGAUUCGUUUUCUUUGAACGAAAAGAGUAGGAAAGGCGUCAAUGAGACGGACGUGCAGCCAGUAGAUAAUGGUGCUCGCGAACAGAAGGCGAGAGCGAGGGGAAUGGCGCUUGGAAUGGGUCUCUUAGCGCUCGUUAUAUCCACGUAUAUCUGAACUGGGG